AUGGCAUUUUACUCAAAAGACACCGAUAAGUCCACUGAGAAGCUCAAACCCUCAGGUUUUUCUACUCCAGACGCUUACCCUGUAUAUUCCCCAUCUCCUUACUCUCAACUCCAAGAUUCCGGCUAUGACUCAGUUCGAACUCUAGAAAUCCGAGAAAUGCAAGAAGAAGAAAAAUACAUCCAAGGUCUCCGUCAACAGCGAGAAAAAAUUGAAGCUUUCAGCAGAGACCUCGACAAAAAAGUCAAAAAAAUCCGUGAGCUUGAAGAAGAAAUAAAAAAUCUAAAAGGAAGCAAAGGCGAAAUUCAACGAAUGGCGGGACAAAUCAACAAAUUAACUGAAGAAUUAAGGAAUAAAGAAGAAGAAAAUGAAGAACUUAAACAAGCUAUGAGAAAACAAGUAGAGGAAUAUGAAUAUUCAUUAAAUGAGCUACAAAGUGUAGUGAUGAAAGAAAGAGAUGAUAGGAGCAAAGAAAUAAGAAAUUUAAAAAACCAAAAUAAAGCUAAAGAUGAAGAAAUCGGCCACAGGCAAUUCGCUAGGCAAUUUUUAAGUAAAUUUUUAGAAUUUUUGAUAGGCAAAAUUAAAUAAAUUAGAAAAAUUUUGAUAGAAAAAUUUUGAUAGAAAAAUUUGAUAAAUUUCCAGAGGAAAAAUGCUACACAGAAGAAAUUUCGUUUUUAGCUUAUGAAAAUGAAAAAGCGAAAAAACAGCUGAAAUUGGCUGAGGAAAAAUGUGAAGCAGAAAUUAUUGCUGGAAAAGAAAAAGAUAAGCAGGCCAAUGAGCAGAUUAAAGCUUGGAAAGCAUUUGAGAGGAUGCUAAAAGAUCAAGUUGCAGAGCUGGGGCAUGAAAAAGGCCUGCUAGAGUCCAAAAUUAAUGAACUCAGAGAAAAAGUAGAAAUUGCUGAUACAAAGCUGCAUCAAAAAGAAGAUAUUGAGCCAGCAUUAAUAAAAGAAAAGAAAAAAAAUGAAGAAUUACGAGCUUUACUAGCAGAAAAAGAAAAAGAAUUAGAAAGUUUACGAGAAAAUAAAAGCCAAAACCAGUAUCAAAUUGAAGAAGAGUUCAAUUCUCUACACAAUGAGCUCAGCUGUGCUAUGGAUUUAAUAAAAAGACAAGAAAACACAAUCAUAGAGCUAAGAAUGAGAAAAAAAGAAGACGAUUUAGCUAUUUCUUCUUUAACUGAAGAUUUAACCCACAAGGAAGAGGAAUGUGAAAGAAUUCAGUCUCGAUUAAAUAAAUACUUAAAAGAUAGCGAAGAAGAGGCAUCAAAAACAACAGAAAUCCAAAUCACAAUACAAAGGCUGAAAUCAGAAAACUUAGACCUGAAAAAACAGCUGCAAAGUUUCAUAGAAAAGGAGCAGCAGGAUAAGCUGGAAAGGAGGCAGUUCGCCAAGAUGAAAAUCGAGCUAUUAAAUCAAAGAGACUUAGAAGUUGGUAGACUAACUGAAGCAAUUGAUGCAUUUGCUGCGCAUAGGAAUUAUUCUGAGCAAUAA